GGGCUGGGCGGCCGCCUCCCGGAGUCCCGCCCGGCCCUCCCGGGCCUCUCCCCACCGCCCGGGACGGCGGCGGACGGGGCGCCGGCGGACGGGGCGCCCGCGGGUGAGGGCUGCAUGGGGCCCCCGCGCGGCCCGCUCUGCUGGCUGCUGCUCCUGCUCACGGCUGCCUGCUCGGGGAUCCUCCUCGCUCUGUACUCCUCGGCGGUGGGGCCCUACCCGGGGCCCCGGUCUGGAGCCAGGAACGCCACAUGGUCUGGAACAUUCUUUGGACGCGAGGUGUCAAACGCCGGGACGAGAAAGGCUCCUGGGAAGGCGCCCGCCCCACAGAGCCCGCGCUGCCGACACCCGCUCUCUCUGGCCAUCCAGAAGCACCCCCACUUCCGGGCCCUGUUCAAUCUCUCCACUCCAGUGCUGCUCUCGGGGGGCCUCUUCGCUCAGGAGCUCUGGGACAGCCUGAGCCAGUACAAAGCCCCCUAUGGCUGGCAGGGGCUCUCCUUCCAAGCCAUCAACUCCACCCUGAGCCUCCUGAAUGACUCCGAGAGCUCCAAGCUGUUUGCCGCCUCCGGGAAGCCGCUUCCAAACUGCGUUCGCUGUGCAGUGGUGGGGAAUGGAGGCAUUCUGAAUGGUUCCCGCCAGGGUCUGAACAUCGAUGCCCACGACUACGUCUUCAGACUCAAUGGCGCUGUGAUCAAAGGCUUCGAGAAGGAUGUGGGCACCAAGACCUCCUUCUAUGGUUUCACUGUGAACACAAUGAAGAACUCCCUCAUCUCCUACGGGAACCUCGGCUUCACGUCUGUGCCACAAGGCCAGGACCUGCGCUAUAUCUUCAUCCCCUCUGACAUCCGUGACUAUGUGAUGCUGAGAUCGGCCAUUCUGGGUGUGCCUGUCCCUGAGGGCCCUGACAAAGGGGACAGGCCUCAGACCUAUUUCGGACCAGAAGCCUCUGCCGGGAAAUUCAAGCUGCUACAUCCACACUUCAUCGGCUACCUGAGGGAGAGGUUUCUGAAAUCAAAGUUGAUGAACACAAAUUUUGGAGACCUAUAUAUGCCGAGCACUGGGGCCCUCAUGCUGCUGACAGCUUUGCACACCUGUGACCAGGUUAGUGCCUAUGGAUUCAUCACCAGCAACUACUGGAAAUUUUCUGACCACUAUUUUGAGCGAAUAAAGAAGCCACUGAUCUUCUACGUCAACCACGACCUGUCCCUGGAAGCCACCUUGUGGAAGGACCUGCACAAGGCCGGCAUCCUCCGACUGUACCAGCGCUGACCCUCAAGUACCCAAGCCCUCUGUUCCCGCAGCUGUGGCCCUGUGGCCCUGACUCCCCACGUGGCCAGAGCUGCCUUAUCUUUUCAGUCUGAGAAGGGCUCCAGCUCCCCUCCGCCCACCCCUUCGUCUCUAGAGGGCAUGGAGAAGUGGAUUCGGGACUGUCACUGAAGCGUGUUCACUGCGGGACACUUGUUCUUGGUUCCUCCAAGAAGACUCCCUCCCCCUCCUGGGUCUGAGCCCCACAUUCCGACCCUGGUGAAGGGAAGACCGCUCUGCUGGGCAUUUUACAACGAAAGGUAACACAAGAGGGGACUGUGACCCUCCCCAGCAAAGGGCAAGCAUACUCAGGAGCGAAGGAUCUUCAAAGCCAGCCAGCAGCUGGCACUGGGCGACUUGAAGAUGCUGGCCGACCAGCAGCAGCCAGGCGCGCACACGCUCCCCCCAGCCGCACCCUCCCACCAGCGUGUCCAGCCGACUCCAAAGCAGUUGGACUCCAAGACACCUACACCACCUGAGGACGCAACCAACUUCCUUCUGCCCCGCGAUGCAAUCAGAACGCAAGAGGCAGAAUGUAUUCUGAAACUGGUUAAUUGCAUAAAUGAUAGAUGACCA